AUGAUGGAUAUAUUUAAUGUAACCACUUCCCUUUCUGUUGGAGAUAUACCUCUAAACACUUUCACUCUAACAACUACUAUAGGGCCACAUUUUGCAAGGCAAUGGAUGCGUUUCAAUAAUCAAACUGUUGUCAGUAAAGUGCCUGAAGAUAUACUGUAUUUAAUUGAUCCAUAUUGGUAUCAAUUUCCUCCAUUACAUCCUUUAUGGCAUCAAAUCUUGGGCUUAGUUAUGAUUGUAUUAGGUAUUAUGGGAUGGUGUGGAAAUGGUGUAGUGGUUUAUGUAUUUUUAAUGACACCAUCCCUGAGGACACCAAGCAAUCUUCUUGUAGUAAACCUUGCAUUCUCAGACUUCAUAAUGAUGGGUUUCAUGUGUCCACCUAUGGUAAUUUGUUGUUUUUAUGAAACAUGGGUUCUUGGUCCCUUAAUGUGUGACAUUUAUGCAAUGGUUGGUUCAUUAUGUGGAUGUGCUUCUAUAUGGACCAUGACUGCUAUUGCUUUGGACAGAUAUAAUGUUAUAGUGAAGGGUAUGUCUGGUACACCCCUUACUAUCAAAAGAGCUAUAUUGCAAAUAUUAGGUAUCUGGUCCUUUGGCUUAAUAUGGACAAUUUUGCCUGUGGUAGGGUGGAACAGGUAUGUUCCAGAGGGUAAUAUGACAGCAUGUGGAACAGAUUAUCUUACGCAAGAUUGGGGUUCGAAAUCGUAUAUAUUAGUUUAUUCCCUUUUCGUCUAUUAUACCCCAUUGUUCACAAUAAUUUACAGUUAUUACUUUAUAGUUUCGGCUGUUGCGGCACAUGAAAAAGCAAUGAGAGAACAAGCGAAAAAAAUGAAUGUUGCCUCUUUACGAUCGGGAGAAAAUCAAGGCGCUAGUGCAGAGGCAAAAUUGGCAAAGGUGGCACUGACGACAAUAUCUCUGUGGUUUAUGGCGUGGACGCCGUAUCUUGUGAUUAAUUAUAUCGGAAUAUUCAAUCGUUCGUUGAUCACACCCCUUUUCACAAUAUGGGGUUCCCUGUUCGCAAAGGCAAAUGCAAUAUACAAUCCGAUCGUUUAUGGAAUCAGUCAUCCAAAAUAUAGAGCCGCGUUGAAAGAGAAACUGCCGUUCUUAGUGUGCGGCUCGACUGAAGAACCAACCGCUGCAUCUGGAGGGGAGAAAGGUUCGGAAGCUGGUGGAAACUAAUAAAAAAUA